AUGACGAGCACAUUUUUCUAUGAUGAUGAAAUGCUGCUUCUAAAACAAGAUAAUGAUGUCAGUGAAGGAAUGUUGCUUCAACAACAAGAUAAUGUUCAGCCUAUAAGUGUGGAUACCACUCAUUUAUGGUCGACCGAUCAGAUAUUUGAAACGGUUGAUGACCUUAAACAAUGGGCUAAGAAUGUUGGGAAGGACAAUGGAUAUGCGAUUGUGACUGGAAGGUCUGAUUAUUCCAGAAAAGGUGGAAAUAUGUAUAUUAUUCUGCGGUGCUCGAAGCAUGGUGUGUAUAUCCCGUACAAGGACCCUAAGUCCUUCAAGUACAACUCCACCGGAUCACAAAAAUGUAAUUGUCCUUUUAAACUUAAAGGACGACCUACGGAGGGUGAUAGAAAUUGGUGGCUGAAAGUGUUGGAAGGGGUACACAACCAUGAACCAGCUAGAUCUUUGGUUGGCCAUUCCUAUGCUGGUCGACUGACAGAAGAAGAGAAGGUUCAAGUCGACAACAUGAAUAACAAUUGGGUCCCACCGAGACACAUGUUGGCCACUUUGAAGGAAAAUAAUCCGGGUAACUUGUCUACCAUCACUCAAGUGUAUAAUCGCAUCAAAAAAGUUAAAGAACUAGACCGCGGGCCACUUACAGAGAUGCAAUAUUUGCUGAAGAAGUUGGCAGAAGCCAACUAUGUUCACUUUGAAAGACAUGAAGAAGAUUCGGGUGUCAUUAUGGAACUUUUCUGGGCUCAUCCUAAUGCUAUUAAACUCUUCAACACAUUCCCUCACGUGGUAAUCAUGGAUUGCACAUAUAAGACAAACAAAUUUCAAAUUCCAUUGCUUGAAAUGGUUGGCCUCACUUCUACUGGUCUGACUUACUCCAUUGCAUUUUGCUACAUGACUCGUGAGCGCACACCUGACUAUGUUUGGGCCUUGGAGUGCAUGAAAUCUCUACUUGCUGACCCUGCCCGAUUACCUGGAGUGAUUGUGACUGAUAGGGAAUUGGCUUUACUCAGUGCUCCUUAG